CUCGUCGACCAGUACGUGGCAGGCCGACCAUGAGUCGACUAGAGUCACUGUGCUGCUCAUUGCGUUCUCGCGCAAGGACCAGCUACUAGUCGUUUAGCAGUUGCGGCCAAGGACACGUAACCACCCUCCAUGCUCGAGGCCAUGGUACGCGGGCAGUCGACGAAGUACAUGCAGUCUCUCGCCGAGGUCACUCACCCCUUAGCCCCAACCCUACUGCGGUUGCCAAAGAAAGGCGCGCCAGUUACAUCCAACAUGCGUCGGCCGCCAGCGACGCCGCCGCGCACGCCGAUGGCAGCGACAGCGGUUGCCGCAACGAUCCUCGACAAGUAUCGUCUCCGCGUCGAGAAACGACCGUCGUGCGUGCACCUCUCUCGAUAUGCGCAAUUGCUCCUCGUCGCGGGCAACGUGGCCGAUGCCCGCGGGGUAUUUCGGGCUUCAAUGGAGGCUUGUGCCCAUCACACAGAUAUUGGCCACGCGUUCCAGCUCGACCUCGUGCCGUGUCUUCGGACGCUCGCGGCGUACGCCUUUUUUCUCGAGCACUACGAAGACGACGACGAGAUGGCGUGUGCUCUCUACGAACGUGUCUUGGCCGUCGACCCAACGCAGGCGCUUGCCAUGGGCAACUACGCCAUGCUCCUGCACAAAAUGAGUCUCGAGUCGCCGCUUCGCAUCGACCAAGCCUAUGAAGCCGCGAUCGAGCGCUACCCGCGUCACGGCACCGUUCUCUGCAAGUACGCGGGCUGGCUUGUUCAGCAACGCCGGCUCGCGCUGGCCGAGCAAAUGUACCUCGAAGCCAUAGACGCGGCGCCCGCGAGCCCCGAUGUUGUCGGCAACUACGCGGCAUUCCUGCACUCGAUCAAGCAUGACGACGAUGCCGCCGAGGUGCAGUACGAGCGCGCCGUUGCCCUCCAGCCGACGCACGCAGUCAACUGCGCACAAUUCGCGUCGUUUCUCGCGUUGGCGCGCCACGAUGUCGAGCGUGCGCAGACCUUCUACAAGCGAUCGCUGGCUGCCAACCCCAACGACAGUGAUACGUGGCAUCGCUAUGGCCAGCUCUUUUGGCGCGACCUGCACCUCUUCCACGAAGCCCGCGAGUGCUUUUGCAUGGCACUGCAACUCGACAAGUCACACGUGGUCGCCGCCUUGGACGCUGCGCGAGUCAGCGACGCAGACCUGAAUGACGCAGUCAAGGCCGACGAAUUUUACCAGCGCGCGAUUGAGCUGGAUGGUGGCGCGACGGACGCGUUGUCUGCCUACGGCGACUUUUUACAGCGCCACGAGCGCAUGCUCGAAGCCGAAGUGAUGUUGGAGAAGGCGUAUGCGAGCGACAAGGACAACAUGACGCUCAUCGAGCGCUUGUGCCACGUCAAGUGUCUCAACAUGGCACGGCCUUCCUACGACGUGCACCACCGCCGCGUGGAUGAACAUGUGCUCGAAAACCUUUUUCAACACAUUCUACGCCUCUCGGCCUUGAAUGUACACGCUGUCACGAGCUGUGCUGUCGCGAUCGGGCGAGUCCUCGACUGCUCGCCGACAGUGCUCUACGAGGCAGCAGCUACAGACCCCGCUCUUACCGUCAACGCUCUUGUGGCGCGAGGUAUGUACGCCGAAGUUGUCGACGGCUGCGACGACGAAGCUGAGUCCUUUUACCGUCACGCACUGGACCACGACGAUCUGAGUUUCGAAGCCAUCUUUGCGUUUUCCAAGUUUUUGGUGCGGGCGAAGAACGACAAGAAUGGAGCGAUACGCAUAGUCCGCAACGCGAUCGCUGCGUGCCAGGAGGCACAUGCGCGGCUAACGAUCUCGGAUGAUGUGCUUGGACGCAAGCAAAAGCAAAUGGAAAAGUUGCUGCAGGCAAUUGCAACGUAACUGUGUCAAAGAGAUUCGGACGAUCUAAUUGGCU